UCUAUCUAUAUAAGCUAAAGGAUACACACAUAAAUCAUGAUCAAAUCUGAUGUAACAAAGAAAUCAUCACAUCAGUCCUUAUCGUUGGCAUCGUCGUCAUUCGUCGGCAUCUGCAUCCUCAUCAAAUAUGUCCAGACGUAGUGAUCGUUUACUCCCUAUUCAUCCGAAUAAUUUGAAUAAGGUGAUACGCGGGGAAUGGGAAUCGAUUUCACAAUGGUUAUACGAUGUUCUGUCAUCUGGUGACGUCCUCUGUGAAAUUAGUCCAGUGUUCAGUACAAUUCAGAGAUUUAUUGAAGUGUUUGGAAUGCGUCUAUCGAAAACACAUCGAGUGGCUUUAAUUCGUUUAGUUGUAGCAUAUAUAUGCUGUCCAAAUAUAGAUACGCAAGUCAGUAACAAUGCAAUGGACCUAUUAAAGAAGCUAAUGAGCAAACCAUACUCAUUACCAUCAUCUGCCAUGUCUAUUGACUGGAAAAUGUUUUAUGACAUUUGUACAUGGGCUGAAGUAAAGAUGGAAACAUUAUAUCAAGUUGUCAAAUGGCCUAAGUCAAGAAUUGAAAAACUAUAUCAGUGUAUCGCUUUAUGUUCGAAGUUCUUUCCAAAGAAGUCGAUUGAAGAAAUUUGGUUCAAAUUUCGUCAUAGUAUUUGUAGUGAUCUGAUUACUGGAUCGCCUUGUACAUUAUUGCCUAAAUUGUUGAUCUAUACACCAUUUUAUCCGAAAUAUUUUGAUGAAAUUAGUCGUGUCUGGUUACCAGACAUAUUUGAUAUAUGGUAUACCCAACCAAUUUGUAGAUCGCACCACGAAAUUAUUGACGUAUUGUGCAAAGUUUCACAUAUUGGUCGUGGUCGUAUUGACUGGGAACCACAUAUGGAACGUAUUUUCACUGCAGUCUUUCGAGGCAUUACGCUAAGAAAUACACCAUUAUCUUCUAGAGAAUUAAUGAGCAGUGAUCAAAUACAGGUGUACGCAGAAUUAAUUAUGAAUACUAUUGGUCCCGAUAGACCACAGUGUCAAUCUACUGUCAUUUAUCGUUUAGAAGAGUUGUUAAAGUCCCUGGAAUCCUUUUAUCACCCUUCAUCUAAUCAAAUUGAUUCAGCUAAAUUGUUGGCAGUGUUCAUGUGGAAAUUUUUACGUUGUUUAAUUAGUCGUUUACGGGAUGAACUAUUCCCACCAGUUGAAGCGCUAGACUUAGGCUAUCCACCGCCUGAAUUCUAUCUCUCGGUGGAACAAAUUGAUCAAAUUGUCAAUCUGUUCACACCGAUCUGUUUAAAUCAUCUUCUGUAUUCAAAAUCAAUUACAAUCGUUAAUAUAACUGUAGAAAUUAUUCCAAUGUUAUGUAAACUACGACCAAGUCUAGUUCUACCCAAUCUUCUCAAUGACCUGGAAUAUGGUUUAACUAGACCAGAAAUGCCGUUACGGUUUACACGACCACUAUAUGCAUUAAUAUGGUCUGUUCAAUCGUUAAUCUAUGUUAAGUUUCCAUUAUAUCCACGUGGAUCAUUCAGUGCUUAUCUUGUCGGUGAAGGUGAUCCAGACAGUGGUGCUGGUGGGGAUCUAGAUGACAGUGGUCUGGAUGAUAAUGAUGUUGUUGAAGAGAUGGAAAAUGGUGAUGUUGGCGGUGGUAAAGAUGACAGUGGUGAUGAAUCAGUUGAAGAGGAAGAAGACCUGCUGUCGUCUGAUGCAGAUGAUGAAUCCGCUGAAAAGGUGAAACGUAAUAAAUCACCAGAGAAUAGAAAUCCAGUCAGAGAUUAUGAUCGGCAUGAAGUAAAGAAGAGGCUCUUCCAGAAGGCUUCAUAUAAACCAGCCUAUGAACAUGUCUCCCCGUCAGUACGUCAUGGUCAUUUAAAAGCUUUCACUUAUCUGGCUGGUCGAGCUGAAUUGAAUCGUGUUCUACAAAUCCUCUUGCAUGGUUUAGAUAUGAAUUUUCCAGAUCGUUUCAAUUAUUCUAUAUCAUGUUUAAGUCGAAUAUUUCUUUCUACGCCAAUAUUAAAUUUCUCAGAUGAUCACAUCUCAAAUUCAAUGAAUCCAAUUACACAGAAAAUUAUCAGUGAAUCCACUGAUCUACAAGACACGGUGUACACAAUCUAUGAGCGUAUCCUGAGUUAUUUAUCAACAUUGAAUGAAAAUAUGUACACAGAUGUACAAACUGUAGCCAAUUCACAAAUGAAUACAACUAUCUAUCGACCGGAUACCAAGCCAAUGGGAAAUUCACGUUCCCCCAUAGAUAUACGUUAUAUGACUGGAUUAACUGGCCUGUGUAUAUCAUUGGCUAUUUCAUCAGCAUCAAAUCCCCAAUUUCGAUGUCGUUUAGUUAAACAAUUAACUAGUACAAUAUUCAUGUAUCAAUGGCAACCAGAUACAGCUAGAUUACUUGGUUAUCAAGCUUAUUGGCUGGCUAUUGAUUCGUCGUGUACUGCUAGCCCAGGUGGUGAUUGUUCAACCAAUAAAGAUACUGUCAGCACAUCACUUUAUGCUGUGAAACUUAUAUGGCCAAAAUUUAUGGCUAUUGUAAAAGAAAUUGAACGUGAUAACUCAUUUAUUCAUCAUUAUCGACCAGAGCCUCGAUUACUCGCCCUGCUGUACAUUCUACCAGGUUAUAUAUGUGCUUUACCAGCUGAAAGCCUAGUUGAUCCAGAAAUCUAUGCGGCAUUUAUUCAACCUCUGAUUAUAAUCCUCGGUAAACUUCUCUACCUAUCAACUGGAUGUUGUGUUAAACCUCAGUGGAAGGAAUUAUUCCCUGAUGGUGUUGAUGAUGCAAUUGGUUUCAAUAACAAUGAUAAUGAUGGUGAUAAGGGUACAAUGACAAAUGCAUGUCCUGCACUGGCUGAAGCCUGUGGAAGUUUUCUAGGCAUGUUACUGCAUCGUUUAACCUGUUAUAGUAUUGAUUUUCGACGAUUUAAUCUACUGGGAAAUAGUGUCGGUGUUAAAGAUGACGAAGGUGAUACUGAUAAUAAUAAUAACAAUGACGACGCAACCAUGCUGAACAGUCGUCAUCGUCACCAUGAUGAAGCAUAUGCACAAUCCUCGUGGUGGACACCAUUUAUUCAUCUGAAAUCAAUCGUCAACUACUGUUAUAAUAAUAAGGGGAGUAAUAAUAAACGACGUCAGCAUAGUUUUUGGUUUAUACCAACUUUAAUGACAAAAUCACUAGGCCAACAACUCAUUAAAGCCUUUUUAUACCCAAUUAUGCAAGAAUUAGAUAGAACUUGUGAUCGAUUAAAGAUUUUACUACAGAAUCAUUGUAAUAACCUCGACGAGACAAAUGCUGCUAUAACGACGGCUGUCAAACAGAAUAAUUGCGGGAAAAGUUAUGCUGAACAACAGAAUGAAUUCACCACGUUGACAAUUUGGAUGAAUCAUAUUACAAAUGGUCUAGCGGAUGCUUUAGCUCCUCGGAAACAAGAAAUCCCUACGACAGCAACAACUGCGACAGCGACAACACCGACUACUACUACGGUUAUCGGAAAUGAUAUCGUCCCUUGGCAUGGAUUAAAAAGUCUAAUGAAUAGCUUAAAUGAUGCCUGUCAUAUAUUACCAAGUGAAGAUUUAAAAUCUUCUGUAUCUGAUUGGGAUAUUACUUAUUUUUAUAUGAAUAAUGACCAACAACAGCAGCAACAGCAGCAGGAGAAUGUCAAUGAAGUUUCCAUGGAGUUACGUGAUUCAAUGUUAAAACUUGGUUUACAGUUGUUAGAUGUGAUAUCAAAGUUAAUUGAACAAGCUGAUGACAAUUUAAUGGACAAUAAUAAUAAUAGUAAUAAUAAUAAUAAUGAAAAUUUGAUUGGUGAUAUACACGAGAAUAAUGAUGGUUCAAUGGAGAAAUUAAAUCAUUAUACUGAUACUGGUCCAAAAUCGAUUUGGUUAUUAAUUCAACCGGUACAAAUUGUUAAUCUAUUGGAAAUAACUCAUCGGGCCGCGCUAAAUAUUCCCAUGAAUGAAAUUCGACCACAAUUAUUACAAAUUGUCCGUGGUCCACUUGGUUUGCUAUCGCCUGAUUUAGGAGCACGCAACUGUGUACAUCCAUUAUAUCAACAAGCAUCACGUGAAACUGGCGGCAGCAACAACAGCAACAGUGAUAUGAUAGAUAAAUUAAUCCCAAGUAUUAACAGUUUAAAUGGUGUUUAUUGUACUACAAUAGCCGAGAAACAUGAAACUGGUGAAGAGAUACAGACGUAUUCUGGAUGUUCAUUUAUCACUUAUGCAGCACGUAUACAUGAACAUUUUCGAGUAUUUUUAAUCCAUCAUUUACAGAAACAAUUAAUGCUGAAUGUUAAAAGUGUUGAUAAUAAUAAUAGUAAUAGUAAUAAUCCAUUUAUAUGCCGUUCAAUUGCUUGUGCUAAUAUUCUACUGCCGUCGCCUUCGAUAAGACAAUUUGCUGAAAUAUUAACUCGUCUAGCGAUAUCACCACGUCGAUCGGAUAUUAGACAAAUUGCUACAUCAUUAUUAAAUGGAUAUUUAAUUAGAAAAUGUCCAUCUAUUGGUAGUCAACUAUUGAAGUCAAUGAUCCAACGUUUAGACAAUAUAAUCCCUGAUAUCAAUGCAUCAAUAUCUUCGUCUAGUGCAUCAUUAAUAUCUUCAGCAUCAGGUUCUUCAUCGUCUUCAUCUUUAUCCGCCUUGAAUACAAAUACACAUGCACAACAAAUUUCAUCGUUAAUUGCUUCUUCACUUGAAACCAAGCAAAAGUUAAUCCACUUUCGACGUAUAUCUGCUAUUACACUAUGUAAACGUGUCUUUUGUCGUCAUCAUACUGAUCGUGAAUAUGAUGAAUUAUUCCGUUUAGAUCCGUGUCUAUUUGUCCAAUUCUGUUUAUGCAUUAUUCAACAAUUAAUGAAUUAUGAGAAAGAAAAUUCUAUUUGGUUUAAUGAUUUCCACCCUACUGUGAAUACUAUUCAUCAUGAAGUCGUUAAUGGUGAUGAUGAUGAUGAUGAUCAGAUUGAUGACAAUUCACCUUAUCGUGAGGAUAAUACUAGACAAAAAUCAAAAGACCGCCAUAACCAACAACAACAACAACACCAACGAAAACGUCAGUUAAAACAACUUCAAACAAAUCGUGAUCAAUUGGAACAUUUAAUCACUCAGAUAUUACGUACAUUUAAACAUUUUCCUAUUGAUGUGAUAUUAUAUUUUCCAACAAAGGAUAAACUUCCACCAAAUAGUUGGUUAUCUAAAAUUUUUAUUGAAAUUGAUUAUUGUUUAAAUCAUGCAUUUCAACAUAAUAAUAAUAAUAAUAACGGCAGUAAUUCAACAUGUAACGCUGCCAUUGAAACAUUGAACACACCAAAUCAACUAAUCAAUAAAGUCAUUGAAAAGCGUAUUGAAGCCUUAACAUUAUAUACACAAAAAAUUUCUGAAUAUAUUGUUAAAAUAUGUUCAAAUUUUUGUAAAAAUUUACAAAUAUCAAGUAAAGAUUCAUUACCACACGAUACUACUGAUGAUGAUUUGAAUUCUGUUAAUAGUUGCAAUAGUAGUUGGAUGUUUAUAACCACCUUAUUGCAAAUUUUACAUUUCCCUAUGAAUGAACCAUUAUCCCCACAAUGGAAAUCCAGCGUGAACUGUCUUACUGAACCAGUGUUGUGUCCACCAUCUGUAAAAUUUAUUCAUACUCUGUUCGAAUUAAUGAAAUGUGAACAGACGGAAGUAGCAUUUACUGCAAUUCGAUGUAUUGCAGAGUUGAAUUACACCUUAGUGGGAUAUUAUCGUAAACCAUUAGGGAAGUGUAUUUAUCCAGCUGAAGUAUGUAAAGAAAAAUCAACUGGAGAGGAUCAUCAUGAGGGAGAAAGUUGUCUACCGAAUAUUAUUGCUGGUCCACGUCCUGAUAAUAAAUUUCUUUUAUUUGAUGAAAAUGCUAAAGUAUUACAGUCGAAUGAUGCCUAUAGAAAACAUCAUCAUAUUGGAUCAUUACAUUGUGGUUUUGUUUACUAUCCACCUGAAGUGUAUAUCCCUGAUCCUGACUGUGUUAUACCCUAUCCAGUGUUCAACGAUAAAAAAAAGGAUAUGGCGACCACUGCUGCUACUCCUACUACACCAGAUGAUUCUCUGACCUUUGAUAGCAUCAUCAUCAGUCAACAAUCUUGGUUAUCACAUUUCACUAGAAAUGAUUCACAAAAUCCCUUAAGACAACAAUGUGCCUAUCUAUCAGCCUACAAGUUAUCUAAUCAAUACAGCUGUGAAACACGUGAAUUUUGGAUUAAAUUAGCUAAGAAUUUAUUAUACAUGCAUAGAACAUUUCUUGGUAAAUCGGGUUGUUCUCAUGCAAUACGCUUUCUAGUCUAUACAUGCUUACUUGCUUAUGGUCCAGAGAAUAUGUUAAAGCAUAUAGAGUAUUUUAUAAAAACACUGUUAAUCACUUUACCAAAUAAUUCAAAAAAUUCACCAUUGGAUGGAAAAGCUGAAUUCAUUGGUUUCUAUUGGAUACGUGCUGUACUCAAUGUACUGAUACUUCUCAGUGAAUUAUGGUCACGUGAAUGGCGGUAUUAUUUUUGGCGUUGGAUGAUACCGCGGAUAUUAUGCUGGUCAGAGAUAUGCGCAUUAAAAGUAUCCGUAAAUGAUUUAGCUCAAUCAAUUGAUGAAAAAUUACAUCCAACGUUAACACAUGUCCAAUGGGUUGUAUCAUUUUAUGCUGGUAAAUUUGCUGGAGGCAGAGAUGAUGAUGAUGAUGAUACGAAUGACGGAGGUGAUCAUGUGGUGGACUCUACUACAGAGAAACCGUCAUCAGUGAAUAACACUAACAACAGGGUUAGUCAAUCGUCAGCUGGUGGACCAUUUCAUCGUAUCAGUUUUAUGUAUGCCUUUGUUAUACAUGAAGCUAUUGAUGAAUUAGAACAAGAUGUUCAUUGUUUACACCCAUUAUGGGAUUGGGCUAUACAAGGUUUACUUGAAUGCUGUUGUCAUAGCAACACCAACAAGAACAAUAAUAAUAAUAAUAAUCCAUUGAGUCAAAUGAAGUCAUCAGCCUGUCAGCAUAUGAAAGAUAUAUCUGAUGAUGAUAGUAUUAUUAUUAUGCCAUCAUCUAUCGGUGGUGAUGAUGGUGAUGAUGAUGACAUUGAUACAUGCCCAUCUUGUCUACUUAAUCAAUACUUACCAUUACAACAUCGUCGUGUAUUCUAUGAAAGAAUAUGUUAUGUGUUUACAAUGUCAAUGGGUUGGAUUGGUAUACCAUUACAUGAGAAAUUGAUAUCCUUGUUACAAGCAACAACACAACAGCAACAGAAAUCCUCCUUCAUCUCGUCAUUAUCACCAUCAUCGACGACGACGACGACGACAGUGAAUGGAUCCUCCUCCUUGUUGCCAUGUUCAUCAGAGCAUCCGCAGCAGAAGUCCACCACUAUCUGUUGGUGGUAUUCUCAAGCGUGUAAUAAUGCCUUAUGGAUAAGAGAUUUAGCCGCCCUUAUAGCUACUUAUCAUACCUCGUGUAUAUUUAAUAUACAUCUUCAUGAAGAGAAGAAUAAUUUAAGCAUAAUUACAUAUAAUCCUCGUCGUCAUAAGAAUAAUAAUAAUAACAAUAAUAAUAAUGAUAAUAAUAAUAAAACAGAGAGAAGUCAGCUAUUAUGCUUAACAAAACAACCGUCAACAAAUGUUGUGCAAAAUUAUGAAUUAUUUGCUAAAAGUUUAUUUAAUUAUUCAGAAGAUAAUUAUGAUAAAUUUACUGGAGGAGAAUUUUUGGUUAAAGUGUUUAUACCAUUACUUGUCCGAGACACCGUGAAUGUUCUUCGAUUGAAAGGAGUAAAGUUAUCCAAGUCAACUUUGAAGUUACCAGUAGCUGAACCGGAACAGAUUAAUUCUGCUAUUUUAAAAGAGAUUUAUAAUAAAAUAUCAAAUACCGCUGAAAUUAUCACUGAUGACAAUGACAUCCUUAUGAAUAAUGACAAAAAUGAUAAUAGUUAUGAAAGUUGUCGUCGAGCGGAGAUUAUCGUCUUGUCAAAUCGUCUUUUCUGUUUGUAUACAUGUUUCACAUCACUCUUGACACUUGGUUUCCCUGUAUACAGAACUAAAAUGAUUCAAAAUGCUUUAAAUGGGGAUACUGUCGUUGACACCAGUGACUCGACAACGACGACAACGGUAAAUAACAACAUCCAUAGUGAUUCCAAUGAGCAUAAUAAUAAUGAAAGUCAAUUAAUCCAGUCAGCAUGUUGUACAUCAAUAUGCCAGUAUUUAAUGCCACUUAUUGCAGAUAUCUGUUCAAUAGGCAAUGCUUAUGAUUAUUUUUCAAUUUCAUUAAAUAUGAACAUAUUUCAUGAUAAUUCAUCGAUAUCAAAAACAAAACAUCAUGGUGUAGAAUUUGAUGAUGAGAAUAUGGAUGGUUUAAAUUAUAGUGUGUCAGCUUAUUUGAUAAAUUUAUCCACUAUGACAUUAUCUGGUCAAGGUCAUACAAGUGUUAAACAAAUUCUAUCGACCAUUGAACAAUUUGUUCAAUAUUUCCUUGAACAUCCAUCAUGGCGUUCGCGGGCUAUUGGAAUAUUGCUAUUUAGAAAUCUUGUUGUCUUUAAUUUAUCAGCAUUUUAUAAUUCUCAAAAUGUAUUAAUCACAGAUAUGACAAUUGAUAAGUAUGUGAAUAAAAAAAUAAGAAGAAUUCUAUGGAAUUGUUUAAAUGAUGCCCUGCUAGAAGUUAGUCAGAUAGCAAUGUUUGUUAUGGCUGUAUUUAUUGAAGUGAAUUUAAUUAAGUAUGAUGAAAAAUGGAUUCGUCAAUUAAUCAAACAAAUCAAUCAACCUUUACCAAAAUCAAUAAAUCAUCAAUUACACAAUGGUCAUAUUGUUCAUUCAAACAAUACACCAACUGAUAAUGUUGAUGCUGUUGCUGAUGAUGGUGACAGUGAAUAUCGUCAAGCUGUAAAAACACGUUAUCGAUCAGUAUUAGCUUUAUGUUCAUUUAUUCAUGGACAUCCGCAUACAACACCUGAUUAUCUACCAAUGAUAAUCUCAGAAUUAUCCAAUCAUAUACAUGAUCCACAACCAAUUAAACAAGUGAUUUCAUCAACUCUCUCAGCAUAUUCACGUAGUCAUCAAGAAGUAUGGCAUGAACAAUCGUUGAAAUUUACACCAGAACAAUUAGAAAAUUAUAAAUUUGUCAUUUCAGACGCUUCCUACUAUGUUUAG